UCACUGAAUAGCAGUGAAACGUCUUAGCAUUUCUGCUAGCUGGUGUAGCGUAACACUGCAUGCAUUAUAUAACACAAAAAAAAAAAAAGAAAAAAAAUCUUUCGGUGCUAUGUAAUGUUUAAUAUGGAAAGCCUAAAGCAUUUAUUUGCGAGUUAGCCAGCUAGCUUGUAGGACAUUGGUAAAUUUCCACCAGGUAUGCUAGCAUUAGUCAGUAAAUUAGCUCGUAGCUAAUUACUUGUAGUUAGUGUAAACGCUAAUAUCGAGUCGUGACAGUUUUGAGUUGUUGUUAUUUAUCUAAUUUUGUAAAAUGUUCACGGAUGAAUCUCUCGAUAUUGUCGGUUUUGAGUCAUCGUGGAAAAAGUCGCACCGACAGACUCAGGACUCGAAAGCAUGUCAGACCAUCCCAGUUCACACAGCCGAGUCUGAGACACAGGUCAGAAGUGUUUUAAGCAACAGCACACAGACCGAUCCUCCAGAAAGCCUCACUGAUCAGCUCACACUCCACUCAGAUCUCUCAGCAGAGCUGCCCGGGCUGAGGGAUUUCCUGCACCGUGUGGAGGACCUGGUCAUCCAGGAGCUGGUGAAGAACUCAAAGAGCCACGCUUUUGAUGGCUAUGAAGUGAACUGGACUGAUCAGCACGAGACAGUGUCCUGUUUAUUCAAUCUUGGGUACUGUGAGGCUCAGGACAAGGGGCUGCAGGUGACCAGUGUGUCCUGGAACUGCACCGGUUCUGUUAUAGCGUGUGCUUUUGGACGUGUCAGUGAUGGUGACUGGAGCACUGAGAGGUCAUACGUGUGCACGUGGAAUCUGGACCGGAGAAGAGUGAACCCAAAACAGCCCGACAUGGUCAUCGAGACGGCAGCACCCAUCAUGUGUGUGUCCUUCCAUCCACUGCGGCCAUCUCUGAUUGCAGGAGGGUUGUACAGUGGAGAAGUGAUGGUGUGGGAUACGAGUCGCACCCAGGAUCCUGUUUUGGCCCAGACAGGGUUGUGUUCAGAUACACACAAAGAGCCGGUAUAUGAGGUGAAGUGGGUCCCAGGGCCUCGUCGAGGAGAGAUGGCGGUCAUAAGUGCGUGUUCAGGAGGUCGAAUCCUGCGCUGGAGUGUAGAUGGAGCAGAAGGUAAACUGACCCUCACUGCUGGAUUUGCUCUCGUCAUGCAGCAGCUCCCUCUGAGCCAAUCAGCUAGCAGGGUGAGAGGUGAUACAGCUGUAGGUGUGACCUCUCUCGCGCUCUCGCCCUGGGACACGGAUAUGUUCCUGGUGGGCACUGAAGGGGGUUUGGUGCUCAAGUGUUCCUUCAGCAGUCAGACAGUGGCAGCAGUGCCCCCUGAUGGUGAGAAUGUGACACUACACGCUCCUGCACAGUUCUCCUUCUCGCCACGAGCCGGUCCUGUCCUGUCACUUCACUUCUCCCCCUUCCACAGGAACCUGUUCGUGAGUGUGGGGACAGACGGCUUGGCGCAUGUCCACAGUGUCCUGCAGCCUGGUCCCCUGCUGUCCCUACGCGUUUCUGACUCGUAUGUGUUUGGAGUACGGUGGUCACCCGUUCGGCCGCUAGUGUUCGUCGCAGUCACAGGGCAAGGUGUGUUGCAGGUGUUUGAUUUGGGUCAAAAGUGUCUCAGACCAGUGGCCACCAUUGAGCAGGACACUGGGGGUCAGUGUGCUCUGUGUGUGGAGUUUAACCAGCAGCAGCUCCUGGCGGUGGGGAAUGCAGACGGUACGGUGAACAUCUGGCAGCUGAGCGCCGAGUUCACAGAGCAGCGGCCCAGAGAGAGUGCCAUCCUGCAACAGCUCGCAGAUGAUGUACCUGAGUGAUGCAUGAGGCUGCAAGGUGGAGUUCAGAACUCAUCUCACUCAGUGACCGAUGACUGAUCACGUGGGAGAAUUCAGAAUGGGAAACCCUCCCAUUAUUCAGACAUGAAUGCAUUUACGCAUCAUCACACUGUUUUCGAGAUAAAAAUGUAGUCUAACAUUAGCACAUUUACUGUUCUAUCAGGUGGUGUGAUUUUAUUUAUAAAGAUGGCUACUAAGGUAGAAUUGGGUAACUGAAAGUCAGAGUUAUCUAGCAAGCAUUGUGCCACACAUUAUACUGCAUCAUUAAAGCUUGUAUUCUCUCAGGUCGCCGACCCCCCCACAGGGGACUUUUAGUAAACACGCAUCUAAAGCUCCGCGAGUUUUUGUGCAAGAAACAUUCAAGUAACACCACUAGAAACCUUGAAUCUUCUAGUUUUCAAAUAUACACUAUAUUGCCAAAAGUAUUCGCUCACCUGGCUUGACUCACAUAUGAGCUUAGUGACAUCCCAUUCCUAAUCCAUAGGGUUCAAUAUGACGUCGGUCCACCCUUUGCAGCUAGAACAGCUUCAACUCUUCUGGGAAGGCUGUCCACAAGGUUUAGGAGUGUGUUUAUGGGAAUUUUUGACCAUUCUUCCAGAAGUGCAUUUGUGGGGUCACACACUGAUGUUGGACGAGAAGGCCUGGCUCUCAGUCUCCGCUCUAAUUCAUCCCAAAGAUGUUCUAUCGGGUUGAGGUCAGGACUCUGUGCAGGCCAGUCAAGUUCAUCCACACCAGACUCUGUCAUCCAUGUCUUUAUGGACCUUGUUUUGUGCACUGGUGCACAGUCAUGUUGGAAGAGGAAGGGGCCAGCUCCAAACUGUAAAAACAGCCUGCAUGCCUAGGUGCUCGAUUGAUUUUAUACACCUGCGGCCAUGGAAGUGAUUGCAACACCUGAUCCAUGGAAGUGAUUGGAACACCUGAUUCCGAUAAUUUGGAUGGGUGAGCAAAUACUUUUGGCAAUAUAGUGUAUAUAUAUCUUUAAAACAAACUUUAUCUUUAGCACUUUGUAAAGAGAAUAAAAACAAAUCUUAUGAAUUUCAGUACUUCAGCCAGCAGCAGCCUCUUAAUGACACAGCCAUCAGCUAUUCACGUGUUAAGCGCAUGGAGCAUCAGUGUCAUCAUUCGCUCAUUGUGUAGCAAGGGGAGGUGAGAACACGCCGCAUUUCACCGGUAUAAACAAGUGCACAUGUUCACUUGUUUCUAUACCAACUGAGAAACUUUGAAUGCAAGGAAAAUGUCACCUGCUGAAGCGUCACUGCUGAUCCAGGAUCAACUUGCUCUGGAGAGCGAGUCAGAUGAUGUGUCGUCAGAUGUAUCCAGCGAUGAUGAACGAAUGCAUUUUGAACUUAGUCUUGAUCCCAUCGAGGAUAUUUUUGAUGAGCAAGUAGGCGAAUAUCUGUCUCACUAGCGGUUGUUGUCAUGCUUUUUCGGUUAGCCUUCAUCCUCCACAAAGAACUCAAGCAAAACAUGCAGAAGAAACGCCUGAGCCACAGGGAUUUCAUGGAGGAGCUCACUGUACAGCUGUGUGGUGUGCCGCUGCGUUUUGAGGCCCCAAAGGCUCCUCUGAAGAAAGUUGGCAAGGCUCACAAGCCAGUUUGUGGGAUUGAGCUGAACACAAAUGGGAAUAGGGCCGCUGAUGGUCGCAGAGCCUGUGUGUACUGCAGGUUGCAGGGAAAGAAAACAAAAACCCUGUGGAAGUGCAAAACGUGUGAGGUUUUCCUUUGCCUUCAACCUGACAGGAACUGUUAUGAUGCUUGGCAUCCAGAUGAGGACUGACAGCAGAGAGCCACAAUCCAGGGAUGAUCAUUAGCUACUGAACAUUUUAUUGAGUAUCUUACAGUUGAAGAGGGCAUAUUUAUUAUAAGACUUAGAAGAAGCCAGAAUAUUUAAUCUGUGACAGCUUUGGCUUUUAGGGCUUCUUUUCUUUGCAGUAGCUUUCCAAGCAGAGGGG